UGUGGUUAGGGAGGAGUGUGAGGAAACAGAGGAAGGAGAGCAGAUAGAGUCGAGCAGGCUGAUGAUAUGGUAUAUAGCGCAUAGAACUUCCCUCCACCCUAAAUAGAUUUACCCUAUAGAGUCCCAUAAACAAGGACUACCGGGGCGGAAGACCCCACCCCACAACACACCCAAAGAAGGAGGGGGCGUCAGAGAACACACAAAUCUCCCAUACGAGGCGCAUUAUAGGAAGCUGGUGCCGGCGCUAGCCCAUAUACACAACGAGGGGGGCCCUGCCCGAGAACACACCCCGUGGGUGCCGCCACUGCUGCAGGGAGAGAGUACAGGUACCUGCCCAUACCGUACUUUGCCUGCCUGCGUCCCGCAGAGGAAAGGCAAAUAGAGCGAGGAGACACUGGGAUGCAUACAGAGACCCAUUCGGUCUGCAACUCCUCCCCAUUGACAUCUGGCUGCAAAAUGGCUUCUGAAACCCCAACACCAGCCUUCCUUAGUGAUAUUAAGAUGGAGCCUCCUGAGCAACUCUUAGACAGUGACUGUAGCCUUCCACAAGCUGAGCCUGUGGACCUCUCCAUCCAUAAGAACCAAAAGAUAUCGCUACGUCAGUCUUCGAGUCCACCUUCUUCCUCUCCUAUGAUCCUGGAGACCCCUCUGUCAGCACCCCCAUCUAUCAUGUCGCUCUCGGGCUUAGGUUCAGCCAUCCCUGCAGUGCUGUCUCCAGGCUCCAUCUUGGCCUCUACACAAGGCAGCGGAGGACAGCAGAUCCUGCAUGUUAUCCACACAAUCCCUUCUGUUAACCUACCAAGCAAGAUGGGCAACCUACAGACCAUCCCAGUAGUGGUACAGUCACUACCUGUCGUAUAUACAACAUUGCCCACUGAUGGGGUGACUGCUGCCCUCACCGUACCAAUUUUAGGUUCAGAUGGUAAAGGCACAGGCCGGUCUCAUAAUUUGCUGAUGCGAUCCUCAACCUCCGAAGUAGAAGAUUCAGAUUCGAGGGCAGAUCAGUCUCCAAAUGACCUUGGCAGUAUGAGCUUAUCGGCACAUUCUUCAGUGAAAGCAGAUCCUGAAUCUCCAGUGGAGAUUAACAGCGACAGUGAUGAUAGCAUUGUGGAGACAUCAUCUUCUUUUCCUGACACAGCACAUGGGCCGCGUUUUACGCGAAUGCAGAGAGGUGGAGCUGGUUCUCCUGACACGAGGAAGAGGCGAGUCCAUCAAUGCGAUUUUGAAGGAUGCAACAAAGUAUAUACAAAGAGUUCUCAUUUGAAAGCCCACAGGAGGAUACAUACAGGAGAGAAGCCGUACAAGUGCACGUGGCUGGGCUGCACGUGGAAAUUUGCCAGAUCGGACGAACUGACGCGACAUUUCCGGAAACACACAGGGGUCAAACCUUUUCUGUGUUUGGACUGCGACCGCAGUUUCUCCCGCUCAGACCACCUGGCUCUUCACCGCAGGAGGCACAUCAUGAUGUGACCAGCGACCCUAAAAGAGCCACACCGACAAAGGCUUCUACUUCUGGGGCUGAGAGGCACUUCAGUAUAUUCUCUGCUUCACCAGUGGUUGACACUUUAGUCUCCUCACCUCUCCAUCUGAACCAAUCCCUCAUUUCUCAUCUUGUCCUUUGCAUCAUCAUCGGUUGUUGCUUGUUUCCGCAGAUUUUUUUUCUUUUUAUCUAUAAUUCUGUGUAGUGUUUCCCCUCUUUUAUCCCCUAAUCUCUUUCUCUUCUGUAUAGUUGUUCUUGUCCUCUUCCAAGAACACAAUAAGCACAGUAUUGGUCUGCCCUCUUACCUCUCCACCAGCAUCUGCCCUACCCUUGCACGGAGAAUAACGGACAAUCGACUAUGAAGUGAAGCAUCGGAGACUCCUUUUUUAUAGGACUCUGCGGAUGAAGGAGACUUUCACUUUAAAUAGGAUUCCUUCCUGAUGCAAAGUCGGCAUUGAUGCUCCCAUUUUUCGUGAACUGUCUGAUUAAACAGAAAUUUUAUAGAAAAAUAAAUAUAAAAAAAAAUACUGUGAUUGUUUCUGAAGCUUAAUUCUUAAUGAAAAUAGUCACCCGAGGAUCACGUUUUUACCUGGGACUGAGCUAUUAUUUAACCUGUAACAUAUUAGUUGCCCUCACCCGUUUAUAAAUUAGGUUUUAAUUUAAACUGAACCCCCCCAUCUAUUUUAUACUGAAUGAUCAGUUUCCUCUGACAUGCACUGACGCACCAGUUUUGGUUAACCAUAGGCAAGUUAGAUUUGAUAGAAAUCUCUAGUCUGACUUGCCAUCAUAUCUCUCUCAGUUGAAUGAACUUCAUUUCUCUUCUCUCUUCAAAUAAGCAGUGAAAGUAAAUCUAAAUAAAUAUUGUCCAUCAUGUCCUUGGAGUUAUCAGUAUUAGUGGGGAGAAUUUUACUCCUGGUCUCUCAAAUAUCCAUGCAGUUUUCUCUUGUGUUUUCCUCCCACGACUGUGAAUCUCCAAACAGAAGAAAGGCACAACCUUGCGGAACAUGUUACUGUGACAAGGCCUUGCCAGCCUUGGAAGGGAGGGACUUGGCAUGAAGUGGUUAAACGGACAUUAUUACGGAAAUGUUGACACACGUGACGUUGUUGUUUUGGAUUUAUUUUAUAGAUUAAAGAAGGAUGCAAUAUUAAA